AUGACUUCUCCGGCCACACCGCAUACGCCGCUCGAGACACUGCUGCUGUUUCGGGGAAUCGCCCACUUCGGCCUCGACGACGACUCUGUCUUUUCGCGCGUCUCCGAAGUCCUCCAAGACAACAAACUCAUCAAACAUGGACCCACGUUCGACGCGCGACGAUUGAGCGCCGACACCCUGCGAGAUCACUUUCUGCAACUUCUGAGGGAGGAGCUGAAGAAUGAGACCGAACUCGGAUCAGAUGGGGCCCUGUCGCCGGCCUCGCGCAAGUGCAGGCUACAGUCGCCCCCGCUGCUGACGCUGAACGACGCGAUCCAGCAUGUGGAGCAGAUCGAGUCGGCCUAUGCCAAGGUGCACGACGCCUACCUACGACAUGCGAUCGAGGAGAUACGGCACUGGGAACAGCGGUAUGAGGCAUUGCUGGGCGAAAUAGCCGAGCUGGAGAAGGCCAGCCCGCGGGAACCCGACGGCAUGCCGAAGUCAGAGAGCCCGGCUAUCGUGGAAGACAUCGGGAGGAAGCACGAGGUGGGACCGGUUAACGGCGUUGGGCCAUCCUCGGGCACCUCGCCCAGACCACCGCAGAUACCGUUGCCCCCGUCAGUGCCGCAACACCCCCAGCGGACCUUACAACCAUUGCUACCGCACCCAGCAUCGCGGCAAGACGUCAGGAAUAGACCUUCACCUCCACAGGGAGGAGCCCCAGAAAACGCGGCUCCGGUGCCCCAGGCGCCUGCACCGGCUCUUCCGCAAGUUGUGCGCUCCCCGCAGCUUAGCCAGCAAGAUGCCUCCAAGACACCUCCCCCGCGACCUGCCGCAACCCCAAAGCCGCCGCAUAGCGUCCCUCAAGUCCUACAACCACCACAAGGCGUACCUGCUUUCCCCCCUCCGUCUCAGUCACCUGCACCACCCCCUUUACCUCCUGCGGGUACCGAGGGUUCUCAGUGUCCAGGAGCUGCUGAACUACCGAAAGAGUCCCCUGGGACUCCGCUGGCCAACACCCAGCUACCAUCACAGGGACAGCUGAAAUGGGAGCCGCCGUACCAACCAAAUGCAGCUCCUCCGCGACAGGCCACGAGCGCUGCGAGUAUACAACAUCGUCCUACUCACCCAUACCCACCCCGGCUGCCAUCACCUUCGCAGCGACUUCCGCAGCAGCCGUUGCCCAUUCCUAGCCCUGUUCUGGGGCAGGGACAGACCAGCAGACCGUUGGCUCCGCAGCAGGUCCUGAUCCCUCCACACUCACCCAGCCAUUUUACGCCACCUCUCCAAUCCCCGCCUGUCAGGCCCGCGGCGGACACAGGCAGCGGCACGGGGCCAAACCGACAGCAUCCGCUGCUUCCCAACCCGGCGCCGAACACUAUACCCCGGCCACAAUCUCCAUAUCAUCCGCCUCCAUAUCAGGGUUAUCAUGUGCCAAAUCCCGGACAACCCGCUCCCGUUCACCAUGUUCACGCUGGCCAAGCACAUCCGGCACCGGGACAGGUCGGCUCGGGACGGAGCCUGGCCAUGCCAGCUGGCUCUCCGCCACUUGCCCCGACCCCGCCGUGGCCCGGCCAAGGACAUGCGGCUCCUCCUUCUUCUCCUCGCGUGCAGCAUCCGAAUCUGCAGGCUCCAUACACUCCCCAGUGCAACAUACCUCCGGGUGUUCCUCCUGCAGGUUCCAUCCAUCCAGAUGCUGCCCAACGAUACAGCUCUCCGUAUCAGCCUCCGCGGCCGGCAGCUGUUGAGCGCAUCCAUCCACGAUUGCCCGCGACCGUAACGCCCACACCAGCUGCUAGGUUCAGCCCGGUCCCUUCGGCCCCUCAGACGCCUGUGAUGACGCUUCCCCCGAGAGUCUCGCACGGCAGCGGUACCAAGUGGCUAUCGACUUCGACCCCCUCAACACCCAGACCGGGAAUCGAGUUCCGACUCGGACACGACGAUGUGCCUAGUCCCGCUUAUGAGCCGGUGAGCCCUGUUUUGAAAGCGUCAGCUCCUCCGCCGACGUCAGCUCCGGGAGGGACGAAGGAUACAGCCGAGAAACAGGAAGUGCCAGGAGAAGCAAAGCACAAGCCAGGCCGACUGCCUGUGCCGCAGCGAGUCCAGGCUGGUGGCCCCACUCCUCAACCCCGACAACCACCCCGUUCAUCAGCAAUGCCGCAAGCAGCUGAUGCUCAAGCCAAGGUGGCGCCGCAGGCAGAGGUCGAGCCUAGAGUUAAGGACGAGGCGACGACUCCGCGUCCAUCAACCGAAACGGGCGACACCACGGCCGACGAGAGUGUCACGGGCCAGCCCCAGCCUUUGCGCGCCACCAAGCGGAAGCGGGACGACCUUACGCCUACCCCAGCGCGGACACCAGCAGCCAGCCACAUGCGCGAAGCUUCUCCCGAAGGAUCGCCAUCUCCCGGUGGACCGAAGCUUGUUCUGUGGACGCGCUCUUUUAACAAGGUCUGCGGCUCCGCCAUGGAACAGAUCAUCCACCACCGGUCGGCCAACAUGUUUGCCGCUCCGAUCCGCGAGAAGGACGCGCCGGGCUACAACAAGGUCAUCAAGCAGCCGCAGGACCUCAAAUCCAUCCGCGCGGCCAUCAACCACGGCAACCGCGCCGCCGCGCAGGCCGCGGCCGCCCUCCCGGACGGCGGCGACCCAGGCACUAGCAGCGUCUGGCUCCCGCGCACCGAGGACCUCGUGCCGCCCCGGAGCAUCAUCAACAGCUCCCAGCUCGACCGCGAGCUGGCCCACAUGUUCGCUAACGCCAUCAUGUACAACCCGGAUCCGCACCACGGCCCGGGGCCGGCCUUCCUGCGGCGCGACGACGGCGCCGAUGAGGAGGCCGAGGGCGCCGGCCACCACCACCACCACCAGGACAACAACAACAACAACAACAACAACAGCAGCAGCAGCAGCUCGCUCGGCUACAAGGUCGACGAGUUCGGCGUCGUCAACGACGCCCGCGCCAUGUUUGUCGAGGUCGAGAAGCUGCUUAGCGAGCUGCGCUCGGCCGAGGUCCGCCGCAACGUCCCGCCCGCUGGCGCUGCCACGGGCACGAGCACGCGCCAGGCGAGUGUCGUGGGCGGGGUCACCGCGGCCGGGUCGGAGAGUGUCAGGGAUGAUGGUGAUGUCGCCGCGGCGGCGGAGGAGGAGGGGGCGGCGGCGGAUGAUGAGCAGCAGCAGCAUGAGGACGGUGUUGGUGGGGGUGGGGCGGUGAAGAGGCGGAGGGUUGCUAGGGGAAUACGCCAUUUCAUUCUGCCCGACUUUGUGGCAAAAUUGCGUGUUGGUCUGGCGUCGUCUCCGAAGUCAGGAUCACUUUUGACGGACAAGGUCGUUGGUCCUAGCAAAGGGGAGACCGAGAAAUGGAGCCUGUCCCUAACAUCUCAAGUCUCAAGGGCUGAUGGAGGAGAAGGUUCCAUGGACCAUCUAAACCCUCGGUGGCCUUGUUCCUCCCUCCCCUGGAGGAAACCAGCGAUGCCGCGCUCCGACGAAGCACAAGCCUUCUUCAACGCCGUCUACCGCGCCGUGCAGGAGAUCCCCCACGGCAAGGUGACCACCUACGGACACAUCGCCAAGCUCGUCGGCACCCCCCAACGCGCCCGCCAAGUUGGCAUCUGCCUCAAACAGCUCCGCUCCUCCCAGGACAGUAAUAAUGCGCGGUUCAAUAGCGAAAAUGUCCCCUGGCAGAGGGUGAUCAAUUCCAAAGGGGUGAUAUCUCCUCGCUCGGAGCCGUCGGGGGCGGCCAACCAAGCGGUGGCGCUAGGACGUGAGGGCGUCACAGUCACUAUCGGGGCGCUGGGAGAGAGGAUGGUCGACUUCGCUGAGUACGGGUGGUUUCCACGGAUGUUACCUUCCGAGGAGGCGCAGGGGUUGGUCCCUUCUGACGAAGAGGACGAGGGAGAGGAUGAGGAGCGGGCAUAA